UAUUAUCAUUUAUAAAUAUAGGACCGUCUAUCAGUGUCAGUUUACAUCAGAUUGUCGAAACACCGUUUGUGCUUGCAAAAGGAAAAAAUAGAAAGUGCAUACAAGUGCCAUGAUAAAAAUAACUGUAUUGCCUGCGUAGCGCGAUAUACAUAUACACCGUGAGCGAUGCAUUCAACAAUUUCCUCACGUAACGAGAGAAGACGCGUUUGUUUGACGGCUUUUCGCACGCGUGUAACGAAGAAAAAGACUUCCACAUGAUUCUCUUGUAAAUAACGCGAUACCGCUGAAAUCGAUACGAAUUAGUAAUAUAAUUAAACAGCGGAUAUAUUAAUCAAUUGCUGAGUAUUAUUUAAAAAUAAGACGACACAUCAUGGCUGGGCAACAACAUCCUUUUCUAUCUGGGUUUCCCAAUGUGCAGCAAUCUGCUAUGCGUACACAGUUUGGUGGCGGACAAAUGGUUUCUGGUUUGAUGGGGCCGCAGCAGGGCAAUAUGGUAAGCUCUCAACAGUUUGGCAUGGGAGUCGGAGUUGGAGUAGGUGUGGGCAAUGUCGGAUCUAACGCCAUGGGAAUGCCCAAUUCCCAACAAGUCUUGGCGCAACAGCAACAACAACAACAGUCCAUGGCGAUGCAACAGCAAAUGCAGCAGAUACAGCAGCAACAAUUGCAAUUGCAACAGCAGCAACAGGCUGCAAUGGUUCAACAGAAUAAUCAAACCAAUCAGGCCACAACACCACAGACUCCAGUACCGCCCACACAGCAGCCACCACUGCGACAGCAGCAGACCAAGGAAUUCAAUACCGCUAGUUUAUGUAGAUUCGGGCAGGAGACCGUACAAGAAAUCGCCAGUCGUACUUUAGAGCUCUUCCAAACACUUAAACUCCUCCAACCACCCAAUGGUACUGCACAAGGGGCGAAUGUGGCGAACGAGAAAAAGAAAAAAGUCUUUGAUCAGUUGGAAAUGAUCAAAAUGAUGUUCAAACGCCUGAGAUUGAUAUAUGAAAAGUGCAACGAGAAUUGUAACCUACAAGGAAUGGAAUAUACACAUAUAGAAAGUUUAAUUCCGUUGAAGGAGGAAUGGGAUAUGAAAUCUGAUGAGAAGAAGACUUCGGAAGCUUACAGACUCACCUGCGAGGAGAGGAAGGAGGUUAUGGAGCAAGUAAUAUUAAAGAAUAGGCAUAUUAAAGAAAUAAUCGACCACCUGAGACGCAUUAUUUCGGAAAUAAACACAAUGUUAAAUAUGCGUCGAUCUUAGGUUACCAAAUAUAGAUAAUUA